AUGAAGACGCUCUCCGAUGACGAGCUCCGAGGCCUGACGGGCCAGUACUUUGCCCCCAAGGGCCUGUAUCAGUACACCAAGAGCCUGCCGUUCCUCGGAGACUUGAAGUGCGAUACCUCAACGCUCGUGGCAGGCCAGUGGACCGAAAUCAUCACCGAGUACACAAUUGGUGCCAGCGGGCUCGCCGACGGGGCUUGGAUCAAGGGCACAUUCAAGUUCUACUCUGACUGGGCCCUUUUCCAGACCUCGGAUCCCAGGCAGGACAACUAUGUCUCAGCAGAGUACAUACCCGGCCCGCUGCACGAUGGCCAGACGCCGGCGACGGUGCAGUCGCUGGCCGUUCGUUUCGACCAGAAGGGCCACGAGAGACCCUUCCAAAAGGCCAUCAUCAUCGACAUCGUCGACGGUUACAUGAAUCCCGGCGACAGGAUCACCGUCCGCAUCGGCGACAGGCGUUGGGGCUCGCGGGGCACACGCGUACAGACCUUUGUCGAGGACGAAUUCUUGAUGAGAUGGUACAUUGACCCUGUCGGAACCUCUCGGUUUGCGCCGAUCAAGCCAGACAUCGCCUUCUCCAUCAGACCCGGACCCGUUGCUCGGGUCAAGGCCAUCACGCCUCGCCUUGUCAGAGCCGAUGUGGCGUUUCCCAUCCAUAUCCAUACGGAAGAUGUAUGGGGCAACGCGACGGCCGAUCUUGACGGGCUGGAGAGUCGAGUGACCGUCAAAAAGGAAGAUUCUUCUGAUGCAGUGUGGGAGCGACGUCUGUCCUUGCCUAGCCAAGGCUGGACCGUUGCCAACGAUACCGUGACUCUGGAUUCGGACGGGGACUACGUGUUGUCAGUGACGAUCUUCAACCACGAAGGUUCCGUCAUUGAAACACAAGAGUACAUCUCGGUCGAAUCGUCGAUUCCCAUCCCUCGGCCACUGUACGCAGACCUCCACGUCCACUCAGACGACACCGUCGGCACCAAAUCGACAACGUACAACUUUUCAUACGCACAGCAGAUUGCCGGUCUCGACGUCGUGGGGUACACAGCCAACGAUUUCAACAUCACCAAGGAGCGCUGGGAGAAGACGCUCGAGAUCAUCAAGAGGGUCAACUCCCAGGGCGAGUUCGUCGUGUUCCCCGGCACGGAAUGGUGCGGGAACUCGGCGGCGGGCGGGGACCACAACGUCGUCUUUCUCGACGACCCGGAAACGAGCCGUCCCGAGUUCCCCUUUGACAAGAACGGCAACGUGGCGCGGAGUUUCGAGUGGAACGAAGAUGGCCCGGCCGAGCUCUUGCCGGGCGCCUGGCCCCUUGACGAAGUGUACGCUACCUACGCCCACUCGCCAGAAGCGCACCUCCUCAUCCCCCACGUCGGCGGCCGGAGGUGUAAUCUAGCCUGGCACCAUCCUCAACUGGAGCGUCUGCUCGAGAUCGGCAGCGCGUGGGGCCUGUUCGAGUGGCUCCUCCGCGACGCCGUGACCCGCGGAUGGGAGCUGGGGGUUUCGGCCAACUCGGACGAGCAUCGGGGCCGGUGCGGCGGAGGGGUACCGGGUACGGCCGUUUUUGGCACGAAGGGCGGGUUAACCGGCGUGCUGGCCGAUAAGCUGGAACGCGGCGAGGUCGCGAAGGCGCUCCGCGGGCGUAGGACGUUUGCCACAACAGGAGAGCGACUCGUGGGCCUGGUCAGCACAGGCAAUGGCGAGCUUCAGGGUGACGACGUGACUGUGAAAUUAGGCGAGUCUGUGGCGCUCACAUAUCGCUUCUAUGGUUCGGGCGGCUUCUCAUCGGUCGAAGCUUGGGACGCCAGUGGGCGAAUCUUCCAUCGCGACCUCCAACAGGAGGCAUCAGAACACGCGGAUGGGUCGACACUGAGAAAGAUCCGUGUCAAAUGGGGCGGCGCGCGCGUCUAUGACAGAUACCGUGAGGCAGUCUGGCAAGGCUCGAUCCUCGUUCCCGGCGCCGUCGUCACACAUGUGCAAUCGUUCGGAGGCGUGUCCGACAACGGCGAGGACGUUGUGAAGCGGGUGUCCGAUUCGCAGGUCAUCUUUGACACACGCACAAGCGGCGACUUUGAUGGCGUUGACAUUUUCCUGGCCGAAAAUUCUGGCGUACCUUCGACCAUCAGAGUGUCGGGACACUUGGGCGGAUAUGUCAAAGUCGGCGACGUUCUCAAAGGCAAUCCACACAAACCCCAGCCGCAGUUUGACCUGGUUGUAAGCAAUGAAGAAGCCGUAAGGCCGGGUGGAAGAAAAGAGGACAUCCACGGUGGCGCAGAGCUCUUCAUCUCUGUCGAGAGCUUGCUGGAUGUGCCGCUGCCCAGGAGAGUUGAAGGUAGAUUUCCGGUGACCGGUGGCUCUCCUACCACCGGCCACAGCCGAGCUGUUUACUUUGUUGGAAGGGAGCACUCAGGCGGCAAGGUCAUCACCAGCCCCAUGUUCAUGAAGAACAAGGCGAAGUAG